UGAACUUUAUUGAGAACACAAGACGAACACAUAGGACAGGAAGUUAUCACGAUUGUUCUCCCGGCACCGGAAGUCGCUUCAUUCUCAGGAAAGAUGGCAUCCGUGACUGUGCGAUCUGCUCCUGUGAGCGGCUUUGAUUUCGGGAACUGUAGGAGAAAUGCUCUUUUGGAAAAGGAAUUAACACAGAAAGGGCACAAGCUUCCCGCAGCUCGCAAAACUGGGACCACGAUUGUCGGAGUGGUGUUCAAGGAUGGUAUUAUACUUGGCGCUGAUACCAGAGCCACAGAAGGGAUGGUGGUAGCUGACAAGAACUGCUCUAAGAUCCAUUACAUAGCUCCCAAUGUCUACUGUUGCGGUGCUGGAACAGCGGCUGAUACAGAAAUGACAACCCAGAUGAUCUCUUCCAACAUGGAGCUCCACUCUUUGUCGACAGGACGUUUACCCAGAGUAGCGACUGCUAACCGAAUGCUUAAGCAGAUGCUGUUCAGGUACCAAGGCUACAUCGGUGCUGCCCUUGUACUAGGAGGGGUUGAUAGUACUGGCCCACAUCUGUACAGCAUAUACCCCCAUGGGUCCACAGACAAGCUUCCUUAUGUGACAAUGGGCUCGGGUUCUUUGGCAGCGAUGGCAGUUUUUGAGGACCGCUAUAGACCAGACAUGGAGGAGGAAGAAGCGAAACGGCUCGUGCGAGACGCUAUUGCCUCUGGUAUCUUUAAUGACUUGGGAUCUGGAAGUAACAUAGACCUGUGUGUGAUUACCAAGAACAAGGUGGACUAUAUCCGUCCUCAUGAUGAGGCUAACAAGAAAGGAGUCAGGGCAGGAAAUUACAAAUACAAGAGAGGUACAACAGGAGUUCUGUCCGAAAAGAUUACCCAUUUCAAUCUGGAUGUGAUGGAAGAAACUGUGCAGACUAUGGAUAUCUCCUAAUUUCUUUGCUUGUGUUGGGGCAUUAAAGGAGUUGUCCAACCAGUAUACAAAAAAGACAAAAAAUGCUUUAAAAGAAAAAAACAAUAAUACAGAUCCUCGGGUCUUCCACCGUUCUCUGCACUUCCUGGUCUCUGGACUCAGAAAUAUGGCCCACUACAGCCAGGGAUUGGUUGAGCGGUUACAUUUUUAUAUUGAGAUGGAACAUGAAGUAUAGAGACCCAGGGGACGGUGGAGUAUCUGUGAGGAAUUACUUUGUUUGAUUUUUUUUUUUUUUAAACCAUUCUGAACUUUAAAAAAAUACUGUUUGGACGACCCCUUUAAGCCUCAGUCUUUAUAGUACAUUUGAACACAUGUUAAACACUUGCCCCUGUCGUAACCUUUUGGUUAGAAAAUGAAAUAAAUGUUUUUGUCCUUUA